AUGAGCGAUGUUGAUGAACGAGAAUGGUACUUUGGCUCAGGAGCCACCUGCCAUAUGUCGCGAUGUGCCGAAGGUUUUGUGAAACAGCAGCAAAUGUCACAUCCCGUUGGAACUGCCAACAAUGGUUGUAUGAUGUCCGUAGCAAAGGGUGUGAUGAACCUACAACUAGAAGAAGGUCCAAUCGAAGUUAAAAACGUACUGCAGAUUCCAGAACUGGCAACGAACCUUCUUUCUGUCAGCAAGAUAUGUGAAAAGGGUUUAUCUGUAGUCUUCUCUGCUGACCAAUGCGAGGUACGUGGAAACAACGGCAACGUUAUUGCUUCUGGAACGCAAAUUGGUGGUCUGUAUAGAUUGAACCGGAAAGCUGAACAAUUGAUGUUAACAUUUUGCUCCGAAGUUUAG